AUGUUAGCCGCAAGGGAUCAGGAGAAUCUUGUUCACGCAUGCCAAACCGCCGCCGCCGGAAAGCCUCUCAAUCAAGGCCUACGAGCUCUUCAUCCCAAGACUCCCGGGGGUCUGAAGACCCCUUUCCGGGUCGCGCCCAAUGACGAAAACCGUCCUCUAGAUCUGAAGGGUCAAAAGACAGUGGGCAAAGGUGCUGCAAGCAGGCCAGAUAAGAAUUCAUUUGUUACUCCCCUUGCACCUCGUAAUCGAGCACCCCUCGGAGCGAAAACCACAAAUGCGAAAGCCCAGGUAUUUCAGACGCCUGCACCGGUACCUCUAACCUCGAAACAAGGCCGCACUGCCCUGAAACCCACUACCGCACGUCGUUCUGGGCGCUCCAAGAUCGCAAUUGCUCCUGCAGAGCAGGUUACGACGACUCUUUCGGCGAGUCGCGGUGCACAAGAAGAAGAGCCAGACUAUGGAUACGCUCCGCCUCCUCCGGCCGACCUGCCAGAUCCCCCACUGGAGUUCAGCGAGGAUCAUCUCCUUACAGAGGAGCUUUCGCGCAGCUACGGCGAACUCUACUCCCAUUCACAGAAGGAUGAGAAUGGAAGUUCACUCCGAAUGAGGAAAGAGGAGGAUGACCACAUUCAACACCAGAGAAAAUUGGAGGAAGAGAUUCUGGAUAGCUGGCACAAAUCCAGGUAUCCGACCACAGAGGAAAUGAACGCGCAGGUCGAUGCUAUGAUUAUGGCAGGGCCACAAAUGAACAGCCCACCAAUAUCAAGAGUUGACACAAUGAAUGCCAGGUCUGCUGUUGCAGCACUGUCUGAAUUGCAGCCACGACUACCAGCCGCCGCUAUGAAGGCCACCCAAGCAUCUGAACAGAAGAAGAAAAGAAUUCUCCCCAUCGUGAACCGAAAGCAUCCUACAGUGCCACACCCUUCAUGGUCAACACAGCCCGGGCGGGCCGCCAGCCAAGCUGCUGUGUCAAAAAACACCAUUGGGUUCCCCAAGGCGAGAAAAGCGCCUUCCAUCGUUCCAAAAGGGGCAGGAGCUCAAGGUGAAGCGAGAGGAGGUGGAUUGACUUCAAGACCGAAAAAGAUCAGCCAGUCUUCCAUUCAUCCCAAGGAUUUUCGCGAUCGGUACGGUUCGCCUCCUGUGGAAAGCGACAUGUGGUUCCGUCUCAAGGAGUACGAGCUGCUGGAACAAGACACCUCGAAGGUUGACGGCGAUGAGCCUGAGGGUGAUUUGUUCGACACGGAAGUUUUCCCUUUCGAAAACACCAAAUUGAACGACGAUGACUUUCAGCUACCUAUGCCAGAAUGA